AUGACAAACAAACAUAAACAAUUAGCACCUUUGGGAAGACCAACAGGUCAUCGUGAAUUAGAUAUAGUAUCAACGUUUAUGUUGCAUUGUUGUCAUGCCAACUUUGAAGAAGCAACCAAACUAACCAAUGUUAAUAUGAACAAAGAUCAAAUUCAAUCAUUCUUUAAUCAGUCACUCAAUUUUGGUCCAUUUCAAGGUAUCAAAGAUGCAACCGUCAUUGGCAAUGGUCAUAUCUAUCUUACUGUACUUCACAAUACUGAUUUACAAUGGGUUUUUUGGGUAAAUAAACAACAAGGUCGUAUUGGUGGUUGGGAUUUUAGAAAACCAGGAAACUUUAGAAAACCAACAGAGAAUGGACAAAGAAUUAUAGAUAUAUUAGAAUCAUCAACACAACAUUUACAACAACAAUCAUUAGAGAUUAAAUCAUUACCACUUAAUCAUCAUUUUAAUGUCUCUAAAGUUUUAAGAUUACAAUGGAGUACUCCUAUUACAAACGAUCGUGAUUUAAUGUCUGAUGGUAAUUUAGAAUUAAUUCUGCCACCAGACAGGCCAUUCCAACGUCAUGGUAGUUUUUAUGUUUUAUCACCACAACAAGGUGUCACUAUAUUGGGUAAAUACAAUAGAAAUUGUAAUACCUAUAUUGCUUUACAAUUACCUCGUCCACUUCCAUCAUCCAUCACCUAUGCUUUGGAUAUAUUCUUUAGUCCACAACCAAUAACAUCAAAUCAUUAUAAUGAUCAAUGGGAAUUAUCAAAAGAUGAUCCAUCUCAAUAUCUUGGUAUUACAACUCAUACUUCUGCUAAAAUUGAUCCAUUUCAUCCAAAGAUAAUUGAAAUUAGAAAUGAAAUAUUAAGAGGUAAAGAAAAUUAUACAAUAUUAGAAAAAGCAAAGGUAAUAGCUAGAUGGGUUGGUGAUAUACCUUAUGAAAUGAUUAAACCUGGUAUGCAAUGGCCUACACUUGAACAAUAUCUAUCAAGUGGAUUCAGAUAUGUAGAGUGUGGAGGACAUGCACUCUUUUUUGUAAUGUUGUGUAGAAGUGCAGGUAUACCAGCUCGUAGACUAUUCCAUCCAUGUUUGGAUGCACAUACCAAAAAGUUUGGAUCACAUUGCAUUGCCGAGUUUUAUGAUUCUACACAUGGAUGGAUACCAGUAGAUGCAACAGAGAAAUUUGAUGAACACAAUUCUGGCCAAUGGCUACGUAUACCAAUGUCAACACCUGGUCUAUUACCAACUGGUUUUGCUCUCACCGUCGAAUCAAUGGACGGUCACGAAAAACAUGCCAUCAAUGCAAAACAUAAUAAUACUCUUCAAGAUUGUCAUAUUGAAUGUCUUGCUGAUUAUUGUCCAAAUAUUAAUAUUAAUCAAAAUAAUAAUCAAAAUAAUAAUAAUAGUGGUCCUCCAUCCUCUUAA